UCCCUGCGGAGAGUGGAUCCACAGGGAACACAGCUACGAGCCUUGUCGCUACGCACAAUAAGGCGUCGACAGUAUUCCGUUCCAGCACCUAAUGCCAUGUGGCAUAUAGAUGGGAACCACAAACUAAUUAGGUGGAGGAUAGUGGUCCAUGGAGGCAUAGAUGGCUUCAGCAGGAUGAUUGUGUACCUAAAAGCUGCUAUGAAAAACAGUGCUUCUGUUGUGCUGCACAGUUUCAUAGAAGCUGUAAAUCGCUUUGGAUUACCCUCCAGAGUGCGAUCUGAUAAGGGCCGGGAGAAUGUUGAUGUGGCCUACUUCAUGGUGUCCAAUCGAGGGGAAAACCGACACUCCCACAUCACAGGGCGCAGUGUCCAUAACCAAAGGAUCGAGAGACUGUGGAGGGACGUUUACCAGCAAGUUUUGGACCUUUUCUCCUGUCUCUUCCUUGAUCUGGAGGCAGAUGGCACAUUAAAUCCUGACAAUGAGGUGCAUCUUUUUGCUCUGCAUUGGACCUAUCUGCCACAGCUGCAAAGGCAUCUUGGAUUUUUCCAGGACGCAUGGAAUCAUCAUAAAAUCAGAACAGCAGGCAACCAGUCUCCACUGCAACUCUGGACACGGUUCCAAGAUAUUCAAGAUCCAUACCAGGUGGAUGACGACUAUGGUGUGGAUUGGGAAGGACCACACUCCUCUGAGGAAGAGGGUGUGAAUAUCCCCGAGGUUCAACUACCACGAGAACUUACCAUUGAGGAAAUUGCAACCUUGCCUCAUCCUGACGUUCCAUUUUUAAGUGCGGUUCAAAUUUAUUAUGAUACUGUCAGUGUGAUAAACCAGUUAAUGUCAUAAUCACUAAAACUUAUACCUCUUAUAAGAACUUCAAGUUCAACUCUUGAGAUUCUUGAAUAUAAUUUGUUUAUUGAUGUACAAAUA